GAAUGCAUUAUUGAUGAAAACAAAAUGGCUGACCCGAGCGUGGAAGAGUUAAAAAAGGCUAUUAAAAGUAAGUUUUUAUCUUAUUCAUGGUCAUACUUCAGUUGAGUAAUAUUAGAUGAAAUAAAGAUAAGUAUAAAUAUUAGCGAAAAUAUUUAUUCAUUCAAAACAUAUAUGAUCAAUAUUCACCAAUAAGCGACAUCAACAUGAGACUCCGAUCCGAUGGCGAUUCUCAGGUCUCAGAUUCAAAAUAAAUUGAUUAUAUUAAUAUUAUUAUUAGUAUUAGGCCCAAAGGCCUAAGCCUAAUGAAUAAUAAAGAUGAAGUAAUCAGUCAUUCAAAGCUAUUACACUAUUUUAGGCCUAUAUUACUAUAGUUUUAAUACUGAUGUCUGAUGUACAUUUUAAUUUUAAACCCAAAUAAAAUAAAUUCCUAAAUUGAAAAAAAAAAUGUAUUAAAAUUAUUACUUAUUAAUUAAAUUAUUAGUGAAUGGAUAGUGAGCCUAUUUUGAGACUAGAGGAAGGGUCAAACAAUAACUUGAAGAGGCUCACACUUUGUCAAUAGUCAAUAGUGUGGCCAUGGCAGGUUAGUGUCAUCAUAUUGUGGGGAUCAUAUCAAUUAGACCAGAGCUCAACUAGUGUACAGUGGAGUGGUUUAAUUUAUCCACCAAGGGGGAUGAAAAACUUAUGAAGUAAAGGCGAUAUGUAUAAAGUUUUAGCCAAAGGGGAAAAUGUGUCAGCUUAAGCUUUACAACUAAUCCCAAGUUUCUGUGUAUAAAUAAACUUAAUAAACUUCCCUUGUUUUGUCCUUAAGUCUUAAGAGUUAACUUUUCCUUUUUUGAUGUUAAUUCGCAAAUGGAAUGAUUGUAAAAUUAAAAUUUAAUAGUGUAGUUUAGUUAGAUCUAAUUAUAAUAUUUCAAAAUAGGCAAUUUUAGCUGGUCUGAUCAUUUUGACAAAUGGAUGUUGACUUUUCUGACAUAUUUUGAAAACUUUUUUCGGUGGGGAAGCAUUAUCCGCACAGCUGUGCGAAUAAUGCCAAGCACUUUUAUAUUUUACCUAGUCCAGAAAUUUUGUGUUAGAAAUAGUUACAGGGCCAUGCCGUGCAACAGUGUUAUGCAGAGAGGUGGCUGCAUGAGGCGGCCAUGUGAGAGAUGGGGAGGGGCUGUGGCAUAUUAUAUUACAUUGAAAUAUAACAUAAUUGAAACGGCAGCGCGUUGGACUAGCCCAGUGGUUGGCAAACUCAUAGGUCAAAAGAGCCAAAAACCAUCAGCAGGACGAUUAAAAAAAUGUUGAGAGCCACAUUGCUUUUCAAGAACCUGUCAAGAGCCAUGUUUUUCGGAGUCAAAACUGAUUUGUGGCCGACUGGCCAAGCCGCACUCGGGUCACUAUAAAGCCACAUGCGGCUUGUGAGCCACGGUUUUCCGACCACUGGACUAGCCUACCAAGGGUCUCAGAAUUUAAUCCUGGUGAAGGCUAGGAUUUUUUCCUGUUUCUUGAUGGUUUCGAUGAGUCUACCAAAUGGAUGUUACAUUCUAUGAAUGGAAUUAUUAGGACCAGCAGCUGUGCUUUAACCAAUACAUUUAAUUAUCUGAUCAUCCUGAAACUGGUAUUGAUUCGAUAAUAGUAGAUUUUUAAUUUUAAGUCAAGAAAUAAUUAAUUAGACUAAGACUUUUUUAUUUUAGACUUUGAAAUUGAUUUUUCUUGUUCAGCUAGCCAAGAACAAUCGUCUAAAUAAAAGAAAAGCAUUUUGUUCAAUCAAAACUUUAUUUGCAAACUAAUUUUAGUUUAACAUAAAUAUUGAAUAAUAUGUAACAUCACAAGUACGUAUCAUGAAUAAUAUGUAACAUCAUAAGAACAUAUCACUUUUCUAAGAAAAAAAUAUGAAAAAAGUAUUAGCUUCAAAAUAGUGGAAAAAAAUGUGAAAAUUUAUUAAUUAAAUUAUAUACUGGUUAAUUUUUAAAAAAAUGUUAUAGCAUAGGCAAUAUUUUGAAAAUAUAAGUGUAAAUGUAAACAAAUUUAAGGUUCAUUUUGAUAAUUUAAAAAAGAAAUGACGGAAAUUACGCGACCAGCCUCGAAUCUGCACACCGAAAUCUUCGAAUAACAGCAAGCAUAUUCGCACAGCUGUGCGAAUAAUUACUUUGUUUUCGGUAGAACUUGAUAUAAAGUGUAUUAAAGUGUAUUCAAUGAAGCUGUAAGUUGGGUUUUCAUUAUUUUAAUUAUUUUUAUUGUUUUUCUUCAUUUUUACACAUUUCUCACCACAAUGUGUAACUGUAGCACACAUGUUUUAGUUAAGGAAAGGGGGGGGGGGGGUUUGCAGGUCAUUUACAUUGGAAAUCCCCUCUACACGCAUAGGAGCCAAAAUGAUCAAUAAAUUGAUCGGGGCCUUAAUAUAUAGAAGAAGAAGAAGGUCAUUGACACUCCUUGCAGCAUAUCUAUAGAGAUACAAUAAAGCAUAAAAACUGGAUACAAGCAGUUGUGUAAAUAAAAUUAAAAAAUGAAGAUAGUGAAAAGACAGUUUAAACAAGAUAUUUUCCUUAUAUUUUUGCUGUAUUGAUAUUCCCUCUUAGAAGGAAUUUUAAAAACAUUUACUGUUUUGGUAAGUGUAAGCAAAAUUAAGCCUGUUAGUUUUGUGCUUUCUUGUUUGAUUUUGUUGUGCCAUAAAUAUCUGUGAAGAGUUUUGGUGUACAGUAAGGGAAAAAAGGUUUUGGAGCACUUAAUUAGACCAUGCUAUUCAAUUUCAUAUUAGUCCCAAGGCCCUGUCAGAUCAGCAUUUGGUAAUAUUUUAUAUUUGAACUUCAUAUUCUGAAUGAAAGACUCUAUAACUAUAAGGCCUAACAGUAGUUUACAUAUUGUACCUAACCAACAAAGCCAAGAGAUCCAACGAUGUGAAAAAGGGAACAAAGUUAACUUGAGUUACAUUUUAAUUAUUAAGGUCUAGACUUAUUAAUAGGUGUCUACUUACAAAAUCCUCACUAAACUAAUAGCAAGUAAACAGGAAAGGUAAUGUGAACAGAUCCUAGACUAUCAAUGUGGAUUCCAACAGAAAAUAUCAACCACAGAUCAUAUUUUUAUUAUGAGAUGUCUCCUGGAGCAAUGCUACGAAUACAUUCAACAUACACCAACUAUAUGUGGACUGCAAAACAGCCAUAGAUAGCAUAGACUGGGAAUAUCUGUGUGAUGCACUGUGGGAACUUGGGAGUCUCUAACAAACAUACCCGGCUUAUAAAUAUGACGAUGGCUAAGUUCGAAAGUUGAAUCUAAUUUAAAAUACCAGAGGGAGUAAUGAUGAAUCUGUGUCUCAUAUAAGGAGACUCACUAUCAUGUAACCUGUUAAACUUCACAUUAGAAAAAGUUAUUUACAUACAUGUGAGCACCAGUGUUGCCAUCACAAACUAUUUUCAUAGAAGCCCCAGACUAGGGUUUUUGUUGUGCUAACUGUGAGGUAGUGGCGGUUGGAGCUGAUCUGACAAAUAGUGGUGUAUAACGAGAGACAUGUUGUUAGACAGAAUAUAACCAAGAUUCCUAGCGGAGAAUGUAAACUGUAUGUCUGAGUUACCUACAUGAAAUGAAGUGGGGAGAGCUGAGUUAGAGAAUGAUUGUGAUUGUGAAUAAGGAGUGCUUCCGUUUUGUCAUCAUUAAGCUUCAACUUGCUGAGUGUCAUCCAUGUCUUGACAUCAUCAAUGCUCUCCCGAAACCAACAGGGGGUGAGGAUGGGCUUCAAUGAACACGACGUAGGUUUAGACUUCAGAAUAACAUUUUUGACCUCUUGUUCUGAAACCGGUUUAAAAACUUGAAAAUGUGAACUAACACAAGAACAAGGGGAGGCAAAUCUAGGGGUGAUAUUAUGUCAAGACGAUCAAGCUCAGCGCAAAAAGUCAGCAACUUUGCUUGUAAAGAGAUUACAGAAAAUAUCGGCAACGGAUACACUGAAGGAAGAGCAAUUCCUGUGUUACUCCCUCUGAGGUGGCUACAAACAUCGAACAACUGCCUGCCAGUUUUACCCAUUAUUAUCUUUUGGCUAAAAUACCAAGUCUUAGCAUGACAAAAAAUCUUGGUCACCCGCUUGUUGGCAGCAUAAUACAAUACAUCUGUCCAAACAAGAUCUGACCACAGCCACUUCUUUUCCACACUGCGCCGCUCUUUCUUGACACAUGUGUGAUGAUCAAAGCUACUUUUUUUUUUUCCCUGCCUAUUUGGACUUAUCAUUUGUUAUUUUUUUCAACUUCAGAUAUUCUCAAAGGAGCAGACCUUGACAGUCUUUCUGCCAAAAAGGUCAGAAAAAUGCUUGAGGAAAAAUAUGAGGCGGAUUUCUCAAAUAGGUAAUAAAAUUUACUACUUUAAAUAAGCUUUAAGUGGGUUGUCACAAAUCUGUUUGCCAGUUUAAACAAAAAAUAAUUUUUUAUAACAUAUUUAAACAUAUAGUUUAUUAACAAAAUUAACUCCUUAUAAGCUGUUGGGUUUUUGAUGAAACAUAAAGCUAACAGGAAAAACAUUAGACCAGGCAACCGGGCAAACAUAGUCACUGACUUCAAUAUAAAAUAUUCCUGGUUGUUAAAAUUAUUAGUCUGUCUUGUGAUUUUUCUUUACUCUUUUAGACACAAGAUUAAUUAUUUUUUUUGCAGAAGAAAAGAAAUUGAUAAACUAGUGAUGAAAAUGAUAGAGGAGGAUGAAAGUGAUGAAGAGACAGAAAAGAAAGAGCCAAAUAAAAAAGAAUCUGAUGAAGAAGAAGAAGAAGAAAAAGAAGAUGACGAGAAUGGUGUGGGAGAUGGAAGUGAUGCAGAUUCAAAAGAAGAAGUGGGUGACAUUUUGUUUCUUUCACUGAUUAGUUUAGGUUUUAGUAAGCAUUACAUAAUAUUAAUGAGACUCUUUCUAGAUAUUGUCAUGCAUGCUUAUCAUUAAUUCUAUUUUCAGGUGCCAAAGAAAAAAGCCAAGAAGUCCCCACCUUCUUCAUCAAGUGCAAAACCAAAGGUAUUAUACAUUUUAUACAGUUUAGAUCAACAUUGUCCAAAAACCGGUGCUGCAAAAGCAAAACUACCUGGUCAUGAAAAAAUUUCAUAAAACAAAGCUAGGUAUGUGUAUUGUCCCCACCCCCCCCCCCCAUCGGCAUUGAUUUGGAACUAUCAAGUUUAAAGUUGAGAUAUUUUAUACUUGAAAUAAAUCAAUACAAUCAUGAAGAGCCAGUUUGGAAGGUAUCUAAACCUUAGAGUAUGUCCAACCAAUAAGGACACAGGCAGAUGGGUCCAUCAUAUCAGAUCAGUUGUUGAGCAGCGCCUUUAGGGUUGAAAGUGGUUUCUUCUAUUUCCUUUAAGUGUCCAAACAUGCAUGGAAGGAUGGUAAAGGGGAACUGAGGUUGAGCUGUUUUAAUACUAUAUUACUGUCGUGUCCCCCCCUCCCCCCACAUAGACGUGGAAACAAAACCCUGCAUGUGUUAAUAAAUUGGAUAUGAGAAUACAGUCAAUCUUUUUUCUACAAACCUGCAUUUUAAAAAAAAAAAACUGCGUCACUCUUCUCUUUCAUAUGGUACAUUAUUUACCAGGUUUUUGUUAGAUUUCUUUAAAUUUGUUUAAAUGCCUUAUUAUUUGAAUAUAUAAAAACUCUACACAUUUAAAUCUGAUUUAUCUUACAUAUAGGCCAGAUAUGCUAUAAAAAGUUAAGUAGGCUUUGAUAAAAAGUGUUCAGGAAACACUGGUUUGUAAGUACAGACCAACUGUUUUUGUACAAUAAACUGUUUGGAUGAUCAAGUAUAGAGCCAAAGGUUUUUGUACAAUAAACUGUUUGGAUGAUCAAGUAUAGAGCCAAAGGUUUUUGUACAUUAUACUGUAUAGAUCAGAGCUUUCAAAACUUUGAUUGUGGUGAAAUACUUUAGACCAUGGGUCGGCAAACCGGGGUAAAUUACCCCAAAGGGUGUCGAAAUAAAAAUUUCAGGGGUGAUGAGGGCUCAUCAGAAAUACAUUAAAAAAAAUUUUAAAGCACGCCCAGUGUUGCGACAUGAUUUUUUUUCUGACAACAUGGCAUCUGGCCAGUGUAAUAGAGAAACACGCCCAUCGUCUUGUGUUUAGCAACUGUGCAAGAGCUAGCAAAAUCAUAUUUUUUGUCUUAUUCUCAAAGAAAUUAAGAGCUGCAAAGACUUCCAUUGAAAGGCAGUCAAAAAUUUAAACAACCUACCUCUGCCAGCAAGGAUUUUUGAAUCAAAGACAAGAAAUCGAUUAUAAGACAGUAUCCAAAAUACUCUGAUGUCACAAAGACCCAAUUUUGAUCCAUGAAAAAUAAAACAGUAUAAUUUCUCCCGUAUCUUUUAAGGCCAAUGUUUUCAAUGAAAUCAUAUUGUUCCAUAUUGGAUAUUAUUAGUUUAUUUUAUAAAUUUUAUAUUCAUUAUUGUAUUCUCUGUAUAAAUGCAUCAAACUCAUUUUCCAUUUAAUUAGUUACUAUAUCUCACUACAGACCGUUCUGUUCAACUGUUCUUUCACAUUAGGCUCAGCAUUUUUCUUACGGAGUGCGCUCUUUUGAAGCGAAGGCGCCAAAAUUAUGGAACAGUUUGCCUCAGUCUUUGAGGGGAAUUGAAAAUGAUAAAAAAUCAUUUAAGAAACAUUUUAAAACUUUUUUGUUUAAAUAGAUUUCGGAAAACCAGAUUGCAGUGAGCAUGCUAAAGUGCCAUGGAUAACAGCGCCAUAUAAAUAUCAAAAGCAAUUGAUCAAACUUCACAUGAUUUUUUUAUUUCUACGUUAGAAAUAUCUUCUUUUUACAGAUUUUCAUCACCAAUUUAAUGAAUACGCUCCAACAAUUUAUUAUCAAUCUUUUAAUUAAAAAAGAAUUAGUACAGAUAACAAAAUGAUGGGAUAAUAAAUAUUUAAAUUUUACACAUAUUGCAUUUUAAAAAUUUUCUUUGAAGCCUCUUUAACAAAACGGUUUCACUUAAACAUAUGCAAUAUCGUUGAGGAGUUAAUCUUGAUCUCAUUCACAUCAUUUAGAAAAGGAAGUCGGCAACCAAAGCAGAUGACAGUGAAGAUCCAGUGAUGUCCAGCAUCAAGCAGGUGGGCCAGUUAUCAUCAGUUGUCAUGUUUUGCUAGAUUUUAUGAUAGCAACUAUGAUUUUUCUUAUUUGAAAUCUUAUUUUGUUUUAAGCAUUUGAAUUUUUUGGAUUAAAUUGGAGAUGUUUGUGAAAUUUAUCCUUUUGUUAUUGUAACACUCACAUUUUUGGCCCGUGUUAUUUAAAUUAUUUUUUCAUGAAUUUGGCCAAAGUUGUAUUUAAUGUAUCAACCUAAUGGAACAGGUAUUUAUGAAUUCAGCAGAAGUGGUAUUACAAUUAUAAACCUAAGUAUACUUAUGAAUUUGGCAGAAGUUGUGUUACAAUGAUCAACCUAAGUACACUUAUGAAUUUGGCAGAAGUUGUACUGGGUGUUUCAAUGUACCCGGUAUCGACAUAGGUAAACUUAUGAAUAUGGGAUUGAAGUUGUAUUUCAAUGUAUCAACCCAAGUAAACUAGUUCAAGAGAAUUUAUUGAUAUUUACAGACUUAAAAUGAUAUUAAAAUAAAAAUAUAAAUUUUUUGUUUGAGGUAGAGUCACUUAACCAUCAGUUUUAUCUAUUGUUUGGCAGAUGGAUGAUGAGGAUCUGGCUAAAAAACUACAGGAGGAAGAAACUGGUCUCAGGAGACGACGAGCAGCAGCUGUAUGAGUUUUCUCCCCCUUGACAUCUAUUUACCAUUUAAAUCCUCAAGCAUUUAAGUUGUAGAACAUAUUGUAUUUUUUUUUACACUUGUAGAAAAUAUGGAAUAGUUGAAAAUUCAUUAUAAGAACUGUAUAAAUUUUUAUUUUGUUGGGAUGAAAUUCUUUAUUUACCGGUAAUUCUAAGUAGUAGUUGUAAUUGUUUAUUGAUAACAAAAUAUUUGCAUUUCAUCUUGAAUUUCUAACUUUUUUUAUUAGCCUAAGCCAAGAAAGGAGCGUGAAAAGGAUCCGGAUAAGAAAAAGAAAAGUAGGUAUUCAUCAAUUGAAGAAUAGCAAUAACAAGUAUCAAUGUUUGUCAAUGUCUUAACACUGAUUGUCUUUCAAAGAUGAUAUUCAUUGCAUUAAUUGUUCUCUUCGUUACCUGUAAAUGUUGAUUCACUUGUUAGCAAUCGACUUCUUUGUGUGAAUUCUUAUUAAUCACAUUUCAGUUUUUACAUAGUUGAAUAAUUUAGAUGUUAGUUUAAACAUUUACUUUCAAUGCUUUCUCUUAUCUUAAUUAUAAACAUAGUGAUGCCCUGCUAAACAUUUAGUAAGGUGUUUUAAGGAAUGACAAGAACCAAAAAAAAAUUAAUAAACUUGUUACUUUGAAGCUGUUUUUAAGUUUCUUCUGAACAAUUGACAGUUCUGAAUCAUCUUUUUCUUUGUCUGCUUCUUGCCUUUAUUCGUCAUGCACUAACUUUUUAAUGCAGCUUUUUUAAAAAGAAUUAAGUAUAUUGAGCUUCUAUAUUCACUGCUUUAGUGGAAGUACAUCAUGGCAUUCAACAUUAAUUAUUCUGUUUAGUACUACAUUCAUACAAUAUGAAACAGAUAUUGAAGUUAUUGCAGACAGAAAAAUGUGUAAUUUGGGAAGAUUUUAUUCAAUAUAAUUUAGUUAAUGAGGUGAAUGAUGACCAUUUGAGAAUUGUUUUAACUUUUUUUUUUUUUUAUAUUGCCAUAAAACUUAUAAUUCCAUUUGUGAUGUAUGUAUUCUUAAAAAAUUGUACAGUGUUGACAUUAUUUUAACUUGAAGAGAAUGAGACAGCAUUCCUUGAAAUUUUAUUGCAUGAGAUCAUAAUAAUAAACUGCAUUUCAAACAUUAAAUAGAAAUAAUGUAGUUAUUUUUAUUUAUUAAUUCAAUUAAUAAGUGCAUGCAAUCAUGAUCAAUUAAUGUAACCUUAUUCUAAGAAAUAAUUUUUUUUUCUCCUCUUCAAUAGACAAAAACAGAUCUUAAUUUUUUUCAAACUGGCAGUUCAACCCCCAUAGUGUUAAAUACUUAUCAAUUAACUUUUUAUGUUGUUCUCGUUGUUAACAUACUUUGGGGCAUGCAUACAAUAAUUGAUGUCACUUAACAGAAACUUAAAAUACAUAGAGCAUGCAAAGAGAUCAUAACAUGAUGUACUUUGUUUUAAUUUUUUUAAAAAGCUUCAAAUGAUAAAGUGCGGCAAGAUAUACAAAGAAGAAAUGAUUACAAUUACACUACUUAAGCACUGUUUAAAAAAAAUAAAAGUGGUGGGGGGGGGGGCACAUGCUGUGGUUCAAAUUUUUUAUAACAUAAUACUGAAUUUUGUUAAUUUGGUUACAUUUUUUUAAUGUGGUGAGCAGGGCGUUCUGGUUGGUCAUCUGUUUCACCAUACACAUUCAUGUUUUUGUUUCUUUAAUCAGCUUCACUCUACAGUCGUCCAUGCCAAUUGUCAGAUCUGUUAGCAGCUGUUGUGGGGAAAAAUGAGGUUUGUUGGUGUUUACUGAUCUAAUGCUUACAACUUACUACCAAGAGAUGCUGUGCAAAAACACUCAAUCGCUGACCCAGAGGACUUUACAAUUUUAAGUAAAAAUUCAACAGUUUAGAUCAUUCCUUUGUUGAAAAUUAAUUGAUAAGAACUAAGUUAAGAUUUAUGUAGAGAUGUUGCUGUUGGCAAGAACAAAAUGAUUCGCAAAGGUGUGAUCCUACUGAUAGUUGAACAUACAAAAUGAUAUGAAGUAACAGUCCUCAGUUUUGUCGUAUGAGUGUACAGUGCCUGCUGGUAAUCUUGUUCUUCUAAAUUCUGCUUUGUGUACACUGUUUUACUUGUUUUAUUAUUAUAACUGUUGUUUUGGUUUUUUACUUGGUCAUCAUUCACCAUUGUUGUGCUGAACACUUUGAUCUCUACUUUUGUUGAUUUCUUCUUUAAUUUUUUUUUCUUUGUGAGUCUCUGUUUAGACCUUAUACCAUUUAAAAUUAACACAUCACUGAUCUACACAUCCAUGCACAUUUACUAAUGACGUUGGGAUUAAGAUAUGGUAUAUGUGCAUGGAGAGAAGAAAAGGAAAUUGAUCAUUUGGAUUUCACAGAUGUUUACAUUUAUGCAUUAAGUAUCUGGUUAACUUGUAUGUUUUCUUUAAAAUGGUACCAUUAUUUACAUCACUUCAAGUUGUUUUUUUUUUUAACAUUUGCUUUCCAAAAUAAACCUUUUAUUGUUCUGCACCUUAAAAAAGCAAACAAAUAUCUUGAAAAGAAUAAAUGCUUAGACAAGGGAGAAAUAAUUUAUUGGAUUUUCUUGGGCAUGUUCUUUGUUUUCUAAUAAGUUGAUGGGUUCUUUGACUUUUUAGACCAUAUUAAAUAAAUGUGAUAUUUUGUCUAGAGAUUAAAAAACUAUUGUACUUUAAAAAAUAUUCUGUUGGAGCCAUUAAUUAUGAGCAUUAUUGACACUAAUAUAUCAAUAUAUCUGUCAUUAAAAUGUUAAAUACCCUGUUAUUCUAGAUGCCAAGACCAGACGUUGUGAAGACUUUGUGGUCGAUAGUGAAGGAGAGGAAUCUUCAGGUAGUUUUUUGAAUACCCUUUUUUUAAAAAUUUUUUUUUUGUACAUAGUUUUGUUAUUGAGACAAUACCCAAGUGUGUGAAUUUUGAGUAACCGUUUGGUAUUCAUAUUUUCUCAUGUUUUUGUCAUUGUAUUUACAAAACCUAUAUUUGUCAAUGGAGAGAGCGGGCAUCUUAAUUUAGUGUAUUUGAUGUAAUCCCUCAGUGUCUUUGUAAGCCAUAAACAAAGCAUGACACUACCUAUGCUUGUUGAAUCAAGACUAUAAAGUGUAGAGCUUAUGUACUUUCCUUGUUAUUUCACUCAGGAUCCGGCCAAUAAACAGUUUAUGUUGUGUGAUGCACAGAUGGAAGCACUUUUUGGUAGGUCUCUUAGACAGGUUAGGUGCAUUAGUGCCUCAUAACUCUUUGUUGGUGUUAAAUUGACUUCUUUCAUUUAAAGUAGUGAGCGUUGUAAAGGAUAAAUUAUAUCAUUAUCACUUUCCUUGAUCUGGGGAAGAAGUCUCAUCCAACAGCAUAAUAUUAUUAAUUAUUUUGGUGCUUUGUAGUUAUUUUUAAUUUUUAACUUAUCUCCCUUAUCAAAGGACAUGUAAACCCAAAAUUUGAAUGAAAGAACUAAAAAUGUAUUUUUGUAUAUUGUAGUUUUCCCACAUUGUCCAUUGAACAGGUAGCAAGAGAGUCAAGUUGUUUGGCAUGAUGAAGUAUCUAAAGAAACAUAUAACAGAUCUCCCUCGCUAACAGCAACCCGAUGUUACAUCCCGGAAGUUCUUCUGUUAAUUUUACCUUUUUUUAGUACCGUAACCAAAAUUUAUUUCAAAACAAAAUAAGUACAUCCAUAUUGAAACAAUCAAAUUUUUGUCUAUGAUGAAGAUCCCAACUAAAUCCAAGCCUAAAACAGCAUCCUAUUGAGUCUGUGGUUGUUUGUAACUAUCUUGGUUGGAGUCAUAAGACAAUGUAUAAGAAACCUCUGUCCUGUUGACAGUAUGCACGGUUGGAGAACUUGUUUUAAAGUGGGCACACAUUGCAAUGAACAUGGGAAAAGUACAACGUCCAACUGAUGAAUGACACUAUUUUCUUUUUCUACUGACCUUAUUUUAAACAUUGAUUCUUUUGACAAUAUUCUCAAUAGCCACGUGUUGUGGGUGUUCUGGUAGUGACAGAUACAUUUGAAAUUCACUUGAUAUUGUGCAUGUUAACACUGUAGUCUGUAAGACUUUAAAUGAAAUGGCAUUUUUUACUUUUCUAAAACCUUUGUUUGGAACAUCACUGUUAACAAAGUUGACCUAAGAUAGGCUUGCAGCAAGAUCUUACGUCAUAUCACUGUUAACGAAGUUGACCUAAGAUAGGUUUGCAGUAAAAUCUUAUUUCAUAUCACUGUUAACAAAGUUGACCUAAGAUAGGCUUGCAGUAAAAUCUUAUUUCAUAUCACUGUUAACAAAGUUGACCUAAGACAGGUUUGCAGUAAAAUCUUAUUUCAUAUCACUGUUAACAAAGUUGACCUAAGAUAGGUUUGCAGCCAGGUCUUAAAUCAGAAGUUGUUCUAGUUUUACAGGAAAUUGUAAAAAGUCCUCCUCCUCACUGUAAGUUUUGCCAGGGCAAUACCAUUCAACUAUCAUAAAUAUGUUUCCUUUAUAUCUGGUACACAAUAUGACUGCAAUAUAGAGUAGGUGACACCUUAUUUAAAAUAUAACAAUGGAAGCAGUUGGAAAAGACAAUGUUAUUCUGAUAUUUUCUGAGAUCAUGAAGCACUAGAUCUAAUUAGACCAACUCAUAAGAAACUGUUAGAUUGCAUGACAGUGUUUCCCAACCUUUUCUAUACAUUGCCCCCAUACCAAUUAUUGGGCUUUGCCCCCUUACCAAUUAUUGGACUAGUCACGCAUCCCUUACAAAAGUACCAAUUCAUUCUUAAAUUUGAAAACAAUGGACUUCAUUUACAGAAUGUCAUAGAGAACUGUGGAACUUUUGACUUUAUUACCGGUACAUAAAGGAAAUGAUUAAAGAAGAAAUUUUUUAAAAUACCAGUAUAUAAAAAUUUAAAGAUCGAAAUGUUUCAAAAUCUUAACGUCUCAUCUCUUCUUAAAUCCCUUCACACCUCCUGGAACUAUUUACCGCAUCCCCUAGGUGAGAGCACCCCAGGUUGGGAAACCCUGUGCUAGAGUAUUAUCAUUCUUGUAUCAUGUCUCCUAAUCAUUUAUUCCAUUUGUAUCCAUCAUUUUUUUUCAUUGAUUUUUAUACUUCUAUUUCUAUGGUCUUGGUAAUAAUGCAUUAUAUUUAGUUGAUAAGAUCAAUUUUUUUGUCAGCUCCAUUCAAAACAUUCAUUUGUACUAUUUCAUAUAUAUAAUGUCAUUAUUAAGAUGAAUUGUGUACGGUACCUAUGCUAAAAUUUAGUUGACUUUUUUUAAUGCAUCCAUUUUCUAGAUAGACAUUGUCUCAGUGAUUUUUUGUUCUAUGCAUAUUUACUUUUUAUUUCAGCCAUUUAAAAUGAACAUAAAUUUAAGUUAAUUGUUAAUUCAAUAAGACUAAGAGCAAGCAAUGUCCUAAAGGGAGCUAAUACAUCCUAUUUUUUUUUGGUGUGCUUUUGCGUUCAUAAAUUUAUUUGCUUCAACAAAAUAAACAAAAUGGACUAUGCAAAAUAUAUAAUAAGGAAAUAAAUGUAUGGGAUUGGACCUCAAUAAGUCAAGUGUAACAAGUGCUAAAUAAUUUAGUCAAAUUUAAUCCAUGUAAGAUAAUUUUUGUCAAGAAGGUCUGAAACUUUGUGGGAGAGGGGAGGUGCGGCCCUGGUAAUUGAUUUCUUUUGGUAAAAAAAUAACUCAAACUUUUGUGCAUUUAUUUGUUAUUUUUUUCAAUAUAUUUUUCAUCAUUUCUACAUGACAUGUAAGAAUUCAUUUUAUUUGUCCAUUCCUUGUUCUAACUGUCCCAGUUGGAACAAUCUUGACUUGACCUUUUUGUUGGUUAGACUCAUUAGCUUCUCAAUUAUUAUGUUGAAUUUAAGGCUAAGAAUCUAAACUUUAAUAGCUUUGUUUUGCUUUCACGAAAACUCAUAUGUCAUAUCCCCUGAGACACAAAGACACCCAAGACACAGACACUGAUCACACCUGAGACGCAGACACCCGAGACACAAAGACACGUGAGACACAAAGACACCCUAGACACAAAGACGCCCUAGACACAUGAGACACAAAGACACAUGAGACACAAAGACAGAUAUUCAUUGUAAAUUAAUGUAAAUGUUUCUAUGCCCAUUUAAAAGGAAUAAAAACUGAUUUUUUAAACUGUA